AGCUGUUGUGGAUCGGCCGAGAGAAGCGGCGAGGAGGAAGUGUCCAACGAGCUCCGCAUCUGUCCCACCAACAUGGACAAAAGCCCAGCCCCGUCUGUGUAAGAACGACUCUGUCCUCUCCUUUAGCCGGGGCACAGGCACUCGGAGGCGGAUCACACCCUCCAGAGAGCCCCGGGAGAGUGGAGGGCUUUCCCGGACCCUCCCUGCCUCCCUCCCCGCUUGCCUGACUGCUUCUGCGGGAAAAAUGUGGCUAAACCCGGAGGAAGUUUUGUUGAAAAAUGCGCUCAAACUUUGGAUUACAGAAAGGAGCAAUGCCUAUUUUCUACUGCAAAGAAGGAGAGGACAUGGGGAGUCUACUGGCAAGAUUACAGGUCUGUUGGUGGGCGCCUUGGACACAGUGCUGGACUCAAAUGCCCGAGUGGCUCCAUUCAGGAUCCUGCUGCAGAUCCCCGGCUCUCAGGUCAGCUGGGUCAUAGCCAGUGGUGCGGCCAUCGAGGAGGUGAAUAGACACUGGGACUGGCUCACUCGGAACCUGCUUCACUCUCUGGCUGUGUUUGAGAACAAGGACGACCUCGCCAGCUUCGUCAAAGGAAAAGUCAAGGGUCUGAUAGCAGAGGAGCUGCGCGAGCGUCAGGCGGCUCUAGAGGGCGAUCCUGAACGCUUCAGGGAGGUUCUGCUGAAGUUUGAGCUGCACUUUGGGCUCCCGUCAUCAGAGAAACUGGUGACGUACUUCUCCUGCUGCUGCUGGAAGGGCCGCGUGCCCAGACAGGGUCUCCUCUACCUCAGCACCAACCAUGUGUCCUUCUACUCUUUUCUGCUUGGGAAAGAAGUGAAGUUUGUGAUCCCCUGGGCAGAGGUGGUCCGACUUGAGUGGGUCUCCUCUGGUCUGAUGCACGACGCCAUUCGACUGGUGACGCGGCAGAAGAUUAGAGAGUUCUCCAUGUUCCUGAACAGAGACGAGGCAUUCGGGGCCAUCGCUCAAAUGUGUGACAUUGCCCUCCGCAGACUCCUUGACAGUGAGGGGCUGGAGCUGGACAGACAGCUGCUGCAGCCAGGGCACAUCAACAAGAGGGUGCUGGAGGAGCAGGCUCUCCGAGAGUAUGUUCUUGCCCUGUUUCGUCUGCCACGCUCAGAGCACCUCCUGGAGGUGGCCUCGUGUUCUGUGUGGACUCCUCACGCUCGGAAUCACACAGCCGGUACACUGUAUUGCACUGACCAGUACCUGUGCUUCAGCAGCAAAGAGGAGGGGCAGUGCACACUCAUAUUACCCCUACAGGAGGUGUUGUCCAUAGAGAAGGCCGAGAGCACCAGUGCCCUGCCAAACCCUGUGAUUGUGAGUGUGAAGAGUAAGAAGGCCUUUCAGUUCAUCGAGCUGCACGAGAGAGACGAACUUGUGGACUCGCUGAAUCUCCGGCUCCGAGCGCUACAGUGGAAAGUGUCCAUGUUCAGAGACAAGAGGCAGAGCAAGAGGAGUGUGAACACUCCCACUCCAUACUACACAUUUUACUACGACACUGGUCUGUCGGACGAGGAGGAGAUCGAGGAGCAGGUCCUGAGGAACACUGUAAACAGUGAAGCUUUAAUGACAGCAUUUCACCAAAACCAACCAGGAACCAAUGGCAACAAGACCAUGGAGAAUGUGAAGGAGCGGCUAUGGGAGGACCACUUCUCUGAGUUCGGUCGAGGGGUGCACAUGUUCAGGACAGAGAAGAUCCAGAGACUUGUGGCCAUGGGAAUCCCAGAGAGUCUGAGGGGGGAGCUGUGGAUGACCCUGUCUGAUGCCUGUUCAGAGCUGGAUUCCCAUGAGGGGUAUUACUCGUCGCUGGUGCAGAAGUCAAUGGGGCAGAACACUUUGGCCACAGAUGAGAUUGAGCGAGAUUUGCACCGGUCACUCCCAGACCACCCGGCCUUCCAGAACCCCACCGGGAUCGCCGCUCUGAGGAGGGUCCUGACUGCAUACGCUCACCGCAACCCCAAGAUCGGCUACUGCCAGUCAAUGAACAUCCUGGCCUCGGUGCUGCUGUUGUAUGCUCGGGAAGAGGAGGCCUUCUGGCUCCUGGUCUGUGUCUGUGAGAGGAUGCUCCCUGACUACUUCAACCGCAGAGUCAUAGGAGCGCAGGUGGACCAGUCUGUGUUUGAGGAACUGAUUCGGGAGCGCUUGCCUGAUUUGGCAGAUCACUUCCCAGACCUCUCCUCCCUCUCAUCUGUGUCUCUCUCCUGGUUCCUCACCCUCUUCUUGAGCGUGUUACCAUUCGGCAGUGCGGUGUGUGUGGUGGACUGCUUCUUCUACAGCGGGAUCAGAGCCAUUUUUCAGCUCGGGCUCGCCGUCCUGGAGGCCAACACCUCUCAACUCUGCGCUAGCACAGAUGAAGGCCAGGCGCUGAUGAUUCUGACAGGUUUCCUGGAGCAGGUUGGGACAGAGGAGUCUCCCUGUGUCCCCCCUCCUCCUCCCCCUGAGGACAGUCAUGAACCUCUACCUGUGAAAUACACCAACAUCACUGACCUCAUCAACGAAGCCUACGAGAAAUUUGGUGACCUGACUGUUCGGCAGAUCGAGAGACUGAGGUGCAGACACAGGAUCCAGGUGCUUCAGGCUCAUGAGGACACCACCAAAGAGAACGCCUUGAGAAUAGUGUCUCCAGAAGUGUCCAUGUCUCCUGAGAAUCUGUCAAAUGUCUACGACCUAUUCAAGACGGAGCAUUUGGUCAGUCUGUACUGGGGCGACAGCAGCUCGGUGGCGGCGGCAGAGGCGUCAUCGUGGAGACAGACGGACUCGGGACGGUCCUUCACGGAGAGGCAGUACCGUCUGGACCGCGCGCAGUUCAAAAGCCUCUACUGCCUCCUUGUGCCCUGGCCCGGGAACUCAGAGCAGCACUCGGACACACUGGGGAAUCGAACCUUCACCCUGCUCAGCCAAGACACAGACAGCCUGGUGACGUUUAAGGAGUUUGCCAUGUGGUUAGACACACUGUACUGUGGAGAGUUGAAUGAGAAAAUCAGACAUCUGUAUCGCUUGCACAUCCCUCCAGCUCUAACAGAAAGUGAAGAUGACCCCUCUCUUUUGAAAAACCCACUGCUUUCGUCCAACAGACCGCUGUAUGUGACCAGGCCCGCAGCAGAGGAGUGUGUUGAGGGGAAGUCGUACCAGGAGCAGCUCAAGCAGAUGUUAAAGGAUCUGGGCAAAGCAAAAGAGAAGGACGCCGAGAAGCCUCUGUCACUGAUGAACCAGCGUGAGUUCAUCCAGUUCUGUAAGACCCUCUACAGCCUGUUCCACGGCGACCCGGAGGAGAACGAGCUGUUUCAGGCCAUCGCCACGGUAACCAGCCUCGUACUGCAGAUCGGUGAGGUGGGCCACCAGGGGUCAAAGGUCACACAGGAAGCCUCACAGGAAGCGACCACCACGGACACUUCGGAGAGCGACGACUGGACUGUCAGCUUUGCCCAAAUAUUAGCCUCGUUGCUGACUGAACAGGCUUUGGUGAACUUCUUUGAGAAACCAGUGGAGUUAUCGGCCAAGCUCUCAACAGCCAAAGAAAAACAGUACCAUCAACGGGCUGUGCUACUGUCGCUGCAGCAUAAAGUCAGAUGACCCUCAAAAAGGACCGGAAAAAGCAAAAAAUAACAAGAAUGCCAAGAAUGUGAUUUAGGAAUGGGAUACCACUUUCAUAAUUGUCUGUUCAAACUUGAAAAAAGGUCAAAUCCUCCAGCUAAGGUGGUCCUGACCAAGCCGCUGAUCAAGAUCACUGAAGGAUGGGUCAAAUGCAGAGGACAAAUUUCCCUACGGGGACGAUACAAUGUAGAAUAUUGUGUUUUUGGGGGACACUACAUUGACUUAACUUUCUGAAGUCUGAUCCUAACCUUAAACAGUCUCUACCUGUCUAAUCUUGAAGCACAUCUAUUCUGCAAAAUCGACUUUUUAAGCGCUUUUAACCAUUUUAUAGUUGUUUUCCGUCUUAGUGACUAGAGGUUGUUUGCUUAUUUUGAAGACGCCAUAUUGCUAAUCAGUUCCUGUUUUCACCGGCGUACACCCACUGCUCUGUACUUACUUCAUUCUCCAAUUUAAUUUUCUUAAUCAGUGGGAUUUGGCAGCGUCUCGUUGUCAUUUUGGUACAAAUGGAGGGGAAAAAAAAUCUGCUGCUCGCUGGCAUGAUCUGCAUCUACCCACUGGAGUUGCCGGCUCUUUGUUGUGGUGACAUUUACGGAGACAACAGCUCCCAGUGGGCACCAGAUUUUUUUAAGUGGACUUCCUUCUUUUAUUAAGUCAUUUAGAUGAAUAUUACAAUUUCAAAUGUGCAAACUAUGACAUAACGAUUAUGGAUGUAAUAGAUUAGAGCUACAUUACCGGUCAAAAGUUUUACCGUAGAACACCACACCUUUUCCAUUUUUUUACUGUUUGCUAUUGACCAAAACAUAUUCUAAACUUAAACUUAAAAUUCAUGAAAUUGUCCACCUUUGGCAGAUAUAACAUCUGAACACACUCGUGACAUUCUUUUUACAAUAGAAAUCAGAUAUUCCUUAGAAAGUUCUUUCCCAUAAAUGUGUGGCACUUGUAGAUUUCUUGGUUUUCACUCUUCUGUCCAGUUGAACCCCAUCAAGCUGGUUUGGGAUGAAAUCUGGAGACUGUGCUGGACACUCCAUGUUUUCAAACUCACCAUCUUGUUCUUUUUUCCUGAGGUAGUUUUGGCAGAGUUUGGACUUGUGUUUUGUUAUCUUUUAUAUAUUUUUUUAACCUCUGGCUGUUCGGUUCUUAACUUUGUACCAUUUCAGGCUCUUCAUUGGACUUGCACGACUUGAAUUUCAAUAAAUAACUGGAAAAGUAGGGUGUGCUAAAACUUUUGACCAGUAGUGUAUAUAGCAGACACAUGCACAAAUAGGUCUUCUUUUACAAAAACCCCAAACUAAUUUAACCCAUACCUAAGCUUUAAACCAAGUUGUCGAUCUAAUAAUAAAUAAUUUAUGUCAGCAGGACCAGAUUUUCCCCCCUUUAUUAAGGGAAGUGAUGUGAGUGUGUGUACAGAUUUAAGUCCCUACAAUGUGAUAAGUAAGUACAGGUACACAAACAUGAGACUGGGUACACACAAACCAGUUGAGAAAAGUCCAUCAGAGGAAACCGUGAGUGUCUUGCCCAAGUACAACGGCAGUAUACAAGUUAAGAUACUGAAACAAGACAAAUGUGAAAGUGGUAUUCCUGUCAACUAUUCAAAGCAAAAAAGCUUUUUAUUUCUGUGAAGACCAAAACCAGUGACUGUAUUAGCUGUAUACAAGAGGAAAACAAUCUUUUAGAAUCAAAAUACAAGACUGACAAAAAGUGUGUAAAUAGUUUUUUGAGCCAAAUUGCAGCAGAAAACCAAGAAUUAUAAUUGAAUUUCCUGCAAUGGACAAUGCUAGUUUCUCUGCAUAACUUUAUGCUUAGUUUCUUAUUGGUAAACAAAAUUUUAAUGCCAAUAGCAGUUCUAGUUUUGAAAAAGCCAAUCAUUUUUGUGUAUAUAUAUUUCAAAUGUAAUUUAAUCUAUAUGUAAAUAAAUUAUAGGAAAUGUUUGAAAGUAGAACAUUUAAAGAGUAAGUUUUGUUAUCAAACCAAAUUGUCUAAAUGACUACUGAAGUUAACAUUUAAGGGAUGUUUAUAAAUAAGAAAAGCAGCAUAAAGUUAGUCUUUUUUUUUUUUUUUCUUAUAUAAUCUUGCCUCAUUUUGAAAUCUGUUGUCCUAAAACAGUGUUCUUUUGAUAAUUUUUAAUAUGUUUUUCACUCUCAAUCUGAACCAUCAGACAAUUAAAUAAUCUUUUAUAUACA